AUGCACUCCUUGUCCAAGAUCGACCUGGCGCUUCACGAAUGGCAGAGUUCUUACCAAGAUGUCGUCGCCAAGUACGAUUCUCACAACGGAACUUGGGAUCCGGCGGUAAUCGAGGCCAUUGUCAUAGGCGGCUCAUUCUCUGUCGCAACCGAGCAGGUUCUGGUUGGGGACGAACUUGGUGUGCGCAGAAGGUUCCACGAAAGAAAUAGACAGGCAGUGACAACUGUUCUCCAAACCCAAGGGUAUAAUCUGCGAUUCGCGGAUUACAAGGCUGCGAGGCCAACUCCCUUCACGGGCGUUCCAGACUUUGUAGUCCUUGAUUCGUCCAGAGCCACCAAGGUCGUCGGAGAGGCGAAAACACCAUGGGAUCGUCUGAAAGUUAAUAUGCUGGAUGCGGCCAUAAUCAAAUUCGAACAAGGAAAUGAGAAGAAGCUUGGGCGGUACCUAGGGCAAUUGGCUGGCCAGAUGCGCGAGCGGGACCUCAAGUACGCGUUCUUGACAACGUACGAUGAGACCGUUUUCGUUCGGAAAGUGGAUGUUGAAAGCGACUGGGGUCUGGGAUAUUCACCAGUAAUCAGGCACGAUGACACCUUUGGACAGGCACUUAGUGGGCAGACAUUUAGUGAAACGCUGCCACAGUGUUCAAAUCACCGCACGAUGAGCAAAGUUCUAAGGUUCAUGGAACAAGAACAACGUUACUUAUAG